GGCGGCGCGCGCACACGCAUGGAAAUGGUCUGGCGACAGUAAUGUCGAUAGGCAUCGUUUGCUAACAGAUGGGAAAGGUAUCCAUGGCCGUAAGAAGUGCCGCUAUGUCCCACAUAGAGCCACGUCUGCCUACGAUUCUGGGACGUGCAAAGAUGCGGUCGAAAUUGCUGAAGAUCGUGGUGAUCCUGGUGCUGUGCGGUUCAGGGCAGGCCAGGCCGCAGAAGACCGGAGAGUCCUCGCAACCGGAGGCACUGAAACCAGACGAAAAGAGACCCGUCCAAUCCGCCGGCACGCCAGCGCACGUUCAAGACACCAGGUACACGCGGAAUUCCGGAAAUAGUAGAAUUCCAUACGCUAAUCCCUAUUACGAUCGUUUCGAUCCUUUCGUCGCCGAGGUAAGUGCGGACGAAUCGAGACCGAAGUCUCCGAUCAGUUUCAACGGAGUCCGAUCUCAAAAUCCAGCGACGUCUCUCAGAGACUUGAAAAUCCCCAAAAAUUCUACUUUCAGCGCCGCUAUUAACUUCGAGAAACCAGUUAGAUCUAACCAUCGUAUGUUGAAAAUAUUCCCCGAAGGAAAUCAAAACCAUCCGCCGAGGUUGAGAAACUUUACUCACAAGUCCAAAGGCUCUAGCCUCCGCAAUUUCACUUCUUUAGGGAAAUCCGAUCAAACAUACAGGUUCAGGUACGAGUCAGAUCGGUCCUCGAGUUCUAGGGUUUCGUAUUUCAUUGGUUCGAAAGGUUCCAACAACAAUGUGUCGCGCAGAAGGCCAGAGAUCGGCUUGAAUAAUUCACGUAAAGGUCCGUCCUUGGCCGGCGAUUCGAAAUUCUCGGAAGUUUCCUCUGGUCCCGGCGCGAAGGUCGAGGCCUCGAGGGAGUUUGAUCACGUGGCAGCAAUCAAGAAGAUCACCGACAUGUUGACUCGACAAAACGCUGCUGGAUUACAUUCGAAAGACAGGGUUCCGUUCGAUAGAGUCCCUCAGUCUCCGCCGGUCCGAACCACUAGCACCCGUCAUCCGAACACGAAAAAUUCGAACAGAGUGAAGCACCGUCAUCCUUCGAACCAGAGCAAGAUAGAUCAGAACAAGUUGAACACGAAGAUCUCGAAGAUCCGAGAGAAAAGCAAUGACACCCAGUCCCAGUACUGGAAAAAUUGGCCGAACGGAGAGAUGCAAACCCAGAAUGAUUAUCAAAAUUACGAGAAGUACACUUCGUUCAUAGAGGAUUUGAAUCCGGACCAGGUAGUGAAGAAGCCGGUCCACUUAGGGGACAACGGUACCGAUCACCUGUUGCCCAUUUCCAGCCCCAAUCUCCAGGAGAUCGUGCACUGGUUGAAGAUCCCGGCCUUCAUGGCCAAUGGCAGCAACGUCUUGGAAAGCAAUGAGGCUAAUGAUCCGAUGAGCGCUGUAUUCGACCCAGUGUACCAGAACCUGGAGCCGAACAGACCGUUGAGGCCUGAAAGCUUGAAGCCUGGUUUCAUUUAUCCUCUAAAUUCCAAGUACACGACUGUGAAACCUGCUUUACCUAACAUGUCCUCGAAGAACAAGACUAGUAGUCCUCAGACUCUGCAAGAUGAAAAUGCUGUUCAGUUGAACAGCGACUCGAAGAAGCCUAAUUGGACUAAGGGACCUGGGAACAGUGGCAGACCAGUUAAUCCGAGCUCUUCAGUGUCCUCCGGGUCUCUAGAUGCUGAAAGUCAACCUUCACUCAUUACUUUACCCCAGUUAGCUUCUUCGACUACCCAGAAACCAGGCCCCAACGUUCACAUAGGCUUCACUUCUUCCGAAGACAAGAACAAGCUGCCCAAUCAGGAGGAACUCCGACCUCCUUUAGUAACCUACGAUCAAAGAUGUCCCACCAUCCUAAUAAACUCCUACACCAGGAUCAACAACACUAUUCAGAGCAAAGAGGGUUGCACUGAUCUGAACAUCAUCAUCAAUUCCCACGUCUUUAACACGAACACGUUCAAGUCGACUCCUUCACCUUCGUAUCAGACUAAUCCCGGGAUUGAUCAAGAGACGGACAAGUACGGUUCUGAUCUUAGUUAUCAUUCGAACAUUGAGGACAAUUUCUAUGGUCCCUUGAAAGAUCCAGUGGCUAGUGGAUCUCAGGACAAUGUAGACUCGAACGUUCAAGUUUUUCAGGGUACUCAUAUCAGUAUCUCGGGGUCUGGUAAUGACGGAACUUCGGAGAUCAACGAGUUUUCCGAUGCUCCAAGUUCUGCUAAUGAUGCUCCGGCUGUGGAAGGAGUCAAUCAAGCUGACAACGAUCCCAACGUGAAUUCCGUGGUUCGACCGGACGCUGAUGUGGUUAGCGACGAAGCUUUUGUCCCUUCUUUGGGGUCUCCUUCUUCCGAGCUAGUUGCUAGCCCUGCUCCCGCGGCUGUGGCUAAUGACGACGACGACGAUGACGAAUACGAUCUGUCUCCUAGCGGCAUCGUCGAGUCGAUCGCUUCCGUGUUCGCCUACUUUACGUUCAUCAAUCCUUUGCAUUAUGGUUUCUUCAGCAUCGCCGCUGCUCCCUUCACUGCUUUAGCUGCUGGGAUACUCGGCACUGUCACGUUUCUAUUCCCUUGGUUGUUCCCUAGCUCGUUCGGCUUCAGCAGAGCCAACAACGACGCGAUCGGCUUUUGGUCGAGUGUCGAGGAGAUUGUCAGUCAAUCUUUGGAGAAGUACGUUCUUGCCAAAGUUGUUGUCAGAAGGCCCCCGAUGGAGGACGAGAAGGCUCUUGACAGGUUGCCUCACGCGCUGCAAAAUGACACGCAACGUCAGCUGAAAGACCUGCAGUACAUGGACCAGUCGCUGAGGACAGUGGCCACGCAGCUGUUGAACGUGACUAGCUCCGAAGAUGGCAAACCCAACGGGAACGCAGCGAAGAAGUCAGGCGUGCAAAAGCUGUCGGAGAGGAACGAGAUCCCGACGAAGGAGAUCACGGUGAGCAGCGGCCCGCAGUCGGUGAACGUGGGCUUCGGUAGGCCGGUGAACUCGAAGUUCGGCUUCUUUGAGACUAGCCACCCAGGCCAGGCGAUGGCGAUCACAGAGGAAGAGCUGGAAAAAGAGUUAAGUUCAACGCGUUUGAUGACUGCGUACAAGAAUCAUCCUACGACCACUGGCGGCAUCUCCACUUGGGUCCUACUAAAUCCUCCGUCAACCACUAUAAAGACGAUCGAAGGGGAGAAAAAGACGAAGCUUCCCAUCGAGAACGAAGUCAAGGCGACAUCGAAGCCAACGACCAUCAUGGAGAGGAUAGACACAACGGAAAGAGUGAUGGAGAAGGUUACACUGCCAGUUUCAACUUCGGUGUCCUUGGAAGAGGCUUCUAGCACCAGGAAACCUGUGCCGACCACGAAGAAGCCUGACCAGAAGCUAGAGAGGACUACCGAGUCCAGCCAAAUCACUCUGAAGCCACUUCAGAAUGUUACUGUUAGCGGUAACCUGGAGAAUAAAGAGUCUCCUGUGGUUAGCACUAAGAAGAUUCAGACUAUCAGGACGACGCCAAAACCUAAGGUAGCUGUUCUGAAGACGACCGUAUUGUCGAAACCGUCGAUCUUGAAGACCUCCAGGCCUAACCAGCAAAACAGACCGAAGCCGCAAUUGAGAAGAACCACUACAGUGAAGCCGGAUAUUGUUAAGAAUGAGAACGCCUCGUCGGCUAAGAUCGAGAAAGUGACUUUUAGGCCUGUCCAAAUGAUCACCGUGUCGAAGAGCAAGCCGGAGAGCACCGAGAAGCCGAUGUUCGUGACGAAGAUCAAGGCGUCGAUCCUGAUGGACACGCAGAAGACCACCACGCUACCUACUGUAUUUUCUACCGGCAAUCAGGAUUUAACGACCACCUUGAGGACAGUGUCGAGUACCAGUGAACUCGUUGAAACCUCGACCAAGAUGAAAACCGUUGGCACCAAGAGUAACGUGUUGAAAGUUCAGCUGAAGAAGCCUGUGGAGGACACCAAGAUCGAGAUAGAGCCUAUCAAAGUGAACACACCUGUCUUGAAGAUAGAAAAGGUGGAGAAAGACGAGUCAAAGGACGAGACCAAAGAGGAUUCAGAGAAGGAUACUUUGAAUAAUUCCAGGAUAGACCUGAAGUUCGACUUCAAUCCAGAGUUGACGAAAAUCAACGUGGAUUCAGAGACGCCCACUUCGACAACCCGGCCCUCUUCGACCACGAAGAGGUCCAGGCAUAGUUCCAAGAGGAAGAAGAACAAGAGCCGUAGAAGAAAACCAUCCACGACGACCACCACCACUAUGGUCACUCCUUUAGCGUCCAGUACGAUGGAAACAGACCUAACCACGGUGAAUCCAGUCGCUGAGAAUGGGAUCCAAGAGUCCAAGAUUGCAUCUGACACUAAAGUCUCCACUAAUGCGACGAAGACCAAGAAGAAACCAAUUCAGAAACCGAUCAGCACGCAGAUAUACAAUUUCUUGAGUCGAGAAGUGAUGCCCAGUUUCGGAGUGAUGUCCCUGGUGGGACUCGGUCUAGGCUUGGCGUCCUAUUUCCUGUAUCCCUUCGGUGGAACCAUUGCCAGGAGGAACUACGAGGUGGAGCCUAAGUAUAAGUACAACUUGGACGAGUACGGCGGCAACUAUGGCCAAAGCGAGGAGGAGGUUCUGUCCAAGGUUUUCCAAGGUAUGACCAACGAGGACAACAAGUACCCUGGGGUGAAGGAUUACGACAAUUACUACCAGUACCAGCACUUCGACGGGGGUUAUGAUUCGCAAACGACGAAGAAGUACGACCAGAGGUACUCUUCGUCCCCUAUCUACAGGCCAGAGAACACCGCUUCUGUUUUGAAGUACAGGAACACUGAUUUUAGGUACCCUGACGUAUCGAGUACUCCAAAUUACUAUGAUAACAGGCCUAAACACACGGAAUACGUCGUGGGUCAGUCCUCUUCGGCUAACAGGCAGUUCGUCGUUGGAAACGUUCCCAAAGAGUACCCCUACGAAGAGAAGAUUUUAUCUGAAGCUACCACAGGCAAGCUGCCAAGUAGCUAUGAGCCUACCGAGAGCGACCACGUGAAUUUCAAGCCUGAUAUCAAUCAGAACUUCAAUUUCCCUAAUCAGAAUCAUGGACAGGUGCAGACAGCUAGGCCUGAAGAGGGCUACGAAGAGGUGGAGAUUACUCCGACUGCAGUAGCUGUUGAACAUGGCCCUAGGUCUCUGAAGACGAAAAGGUCCGUGGACAACCCAUUGGGGUCUGUCUUCCUCAAAGGUCUUCGUUCGAGGGUGAAGAGGGACUCGGUGAUACAGAUCAUACCCUCAAAGAGGGAGCUAGAGGAGGAAGGCAAGGAAGAGGAUCUUAGCAACGAAAUUUUGAAUAUUAUCGAUUCAGCGAUACCUGGCGAGGACAACGUGAAGACGAGGAGGAAGGAGAGCGAGAUUUCGGAGGAGUUAGAGGCCAAGAAGAGGAGGAAGGAGGAGGAAGAGGAGAAGAAGGAGUCCAUUACGAAGAGUACGACUGUCGAAACGUCUGAGAAGUCCAGUGUCGAAUCAUCGACUCAGGAAACCGUCUCGUCAACGACGUUAAAGGAGGCAGAUGGCUCUUUAGCAUCCUCUUCAACAUCUUCUUCAAGUUCUUCGGGGGUCACUUUCGAGAGUAGUUCGACCGAGAGCUCGAAGACGACCGAGGAGAGCGACGCGGAGUGGAUGAACUCGACCACGAAGAAGCCUGAGGAACAAGAGGGCUUUGGACUUUUCAGCUUCGUGAAGAAGAUUGCGGAGAUUAAACUGAGACUGGGAUUAACACUGCUGAAGCACGCGAGCGAGGGCUUCGCUAGAUACCUGGGACACGUGCAGAAGAGAAUCAACGGCGAGGAGUGAAGUGUCUCUUCUGGGUUGAUCGAAUCAUGAACUUGUAAAGGUUCUCGCUGGCCGCGCUUUAACACUAGAACUAUCGGACGGGUUAAAAUGAACUGUUUCAGGAUUUUCAUUUGAUAAUUAUUCGAAUUACGAAGAUGCUUUUGCGAGAAAUUGCAAGGAAAAUUCGUUUCUGCGGAUGCAAUAGUAAGAGUUACUUGGAAACUCAAAAAAUAUACUCUUUCGAUUAUUAAAGAAAAUUGUAUAUAAAUCGAUGUAGUUACUUGGCAGUUCUAGUGUUAAAAGGAAUUGAGUCUAUUA